CACUUCCUUGUCAGCUGAUGGACGACAUAGAAUUGCGCUUUGGCUAAAAAAGCCUAAUUUUAGCAUAAUGGCUCGUUGCCUUAUUGCUUUGUAAACGGCCAAUGGACAAUAUUUAGUUUAGUGUUGUGGAAAAAGUGAAAACGCGUUGGAAAAAUGGUGCUCGAACUGUUCUUUAUCAAAUGGAAAACGAUUGAAUGAUCCUGAGAACACAAGUCGAAAUCACCUUAAAUCGAGAGUAGACAAGGACAGAAAGGAUCAUAGCAGACAAGUAAAAGUUGAAACUGAGCCAUAUAAAAAACAGUCACAAUGGUUUAUGUAUUUUUCGUUCAGCCAGGGGACAUGAUCUCUUUUGAUAAUGAAAUUACUAUUAUGCAAAGUGUGGAAGAUUUAAAAGACAAAAUUAAGGAAAAAGUGAAUAUACCCCAGGACCAACAGGUGUUGCUUAUAAGCGGGGGUGAAUCAUUAGAUGUCAAAAAGAAUCUAUGUUCGUACAUGGCUGGUACUGAUACAAAUCCCAUCUAUCUGUUUAGCACAAAUUAUGAACCUAAUAGGUUAGAUAUUUUGAAAAGUCUCAACUAUAACGAUCUAGAAAUCAAACAGCGGCUUACAGAAUGCAUGAACCUUCCAGUCUCUCUAGCCACCGUUAAAACCAGAACUUUAGUCGCUAUGGAUUUUUUUAAUAUAGCUAAAACUCAGUUGGAGUUCUGCGAAAACUUGGUUCAUGAUCAGCACCUGCAGCAACAAGGAUGGUCUGCUGUUAUUGCAAACUUAGAAGAUAUCGUGGGGGAAUUUAGAAAGAGAUGGGAUCUGUUUUUGAAGGUUUAUAAUGAGUUUAUGGCCGACAAGACAGCUUUUUCUGAUCUUUUGGAGCAUUUCCCAGAAGAUAAGAAUGUCCUUCAGAAGAUGCCUGUAAUAGAUAUUUUGUUGGAAGCUCAAAAAGAACCGCUGGACAGUUCCAAAUUAUCAGAAUCGACAAAUAUUUCUCAAGAAAACGAAGGUUCAAGAGAUUUAACCCUGUACGAAUGGAUAUCUUCGUCAGAGAAUAAAAAUAGUCUGGAAGAGUUACAUUCUGUCUGUAGAGAUAAGCUGCGAAAGUUUGAAAAUGAAAUAAUGCCUUCGUUGGAAAACCACAUAUCUGAGACUCUGCAGUCAGCUGAGAAACCGGAAAGGAAGGAGAUUGAGGGGCUGGGUAAAAGACUUUGCGAUUUGGAAGAAUUGUUGAGAAAAAUAAAGAAAUAUGUUGAACAUCAGUCUGAUAUGGCCCAAGCAUUCCAACAAAACGAAACUAGGGCUUCACACACAAAAGAUAUAAGUAUACUGCCAGACCUCUGCACCACUCAUUUACAACAAUUAGAAUAUAUAAAGCAAUGCCAUCUGAAACUAAUGGAAGACAGAAAUAGAGUUAUCAGAGCUAAAUAUGAGCUUAGUAAAAGUUUAUGUGCUAGGAUAGGGUGGGUGCAGAAUAUUGAAAACAAACUGUGGGAGCUUGAUUCUCACUUAGUGUAUUUCCACGAACAUUUGCAAAGGUUAAGGAAACACAUCGAAGUCUUCCAGCAGGUGCACUUAGCUCCGACGACUUAUGUCAACGCCGUGGUCGAAGUAGUUAGAAGAAGAGCUUUUUCUCAGCUGUUUUUAAUGUGGGCGUCCGACCUGGCCUGCCAGAACCUCACCAUCCACAACGAGGAACUGACCAGGCGUAAGGAGUUCACCGCCCAGUUCGAAGGUCACUUCCUCAACACCCUUUUUCCGGGCAUGGGCGACGUGCCGCCGCCCUUCGCCAUCGAGGCGCCCGCCAUGUUCGACGCCAAGCUGCCCGAGGUCACGCGGGAGGACGUGGAGAGACUGAGGCGCGAGCUGCCCGAGUUCGCCGAGAGUCUGACGCUGCCCGAUAUGGACCGCGUGACGAACUUUUUCCUGGGCAAGGCGGGCGGUGCCGCAAAGGAACAGGAGAAGGAUAAGGUUGAUGACGCGAAAGCUGUAGAAGACAAACUAAUCCAGGCUGUAUCAGAUGUGGGCCUUGCCAGUAACCUGGACAAGAACCUCCUAAAAGCGACUGGCAGCGAACCCUGUCUGGUUACUGUACCCGGAUUACCAAACCUCAAAGACGACAAAGGCUGUGAGUCCGAAACGGACACCGAAGAAUUCGAGAAGGUGGGCCAGAGCCCCCUCGAAUUGACAUUUCCCCAAGGGGCGGCUCAGGCUGUCAUUUCCGCCCCGAAAGUUACGGAAAAACAAGACGCGUCGACGAGCACAGAGGCGAGAAACCAAGUUUUACCUCCCAAAAAACCUCCCCGCUCCUUUCACAGAGCCUCCCAAUCGUUCGACACCGACCAGCGAACGCUCAGCACCAGCACGAACGAAAGUUUCACCAACAUCAAAAACAUCUCGCUAGACUCGAUUGAUGAGCUCUCGAGCAUCAAAAACUUCAGCAAUGCCACAACGGAGAGUUGCUUUAAUUCGCACUACAACCAGGCUCUUUCAAAAGAACAAUCUAGUUCCUUGUCUAGCACGAGUUCUUUACACUUAUCCGAGAAUAUUGCGAGAAGCAAUGUCGCGUCACAUUACGGAACAUCCAGUCUGAUGCUGAGCCGUUCGAAGUCUGUGUCGCCUCAGAGUCCCCGAGAUAACGCGUCGCCUCAGAUGUGUCAUCAGCAGCAGGAUUUUGUCAGUGACGAGUUCUACAUCGACGAGAGCCUGCCAUCUAGUGUGGGGACUGGUAACAGCCAAGGAUCGGAAUUCGUUAGGCAGUUGGACAACGCCAAUAUUGUCGUUGCUAUGUUACAGGACAACUUGCAAAUUUCGAGGAGCCAAUACGAGAAAGUGAAAGGAAUCCUGUCGAAUUUGGGCUCGUUAUCCAAACAAGAUGUAAAUACGUUGCGCGGCGAGCUUAGAGACUUAAAGAGUCAGUUUGUUAGUGAGAGCAGGGAAUUUACCGAAUUGUACAGUAGGCUCGGCGGUUCCCUGCAAAAUUUAGAUGUAGAAAUCGAUAAAAGCCAGAAAGAAUUAGCUGAGGUUAUGUUGAAAGAACAGGAGCAUGAAAGGGAUACGUUUAGGUAUAGUUUGCUAGAGAAGGAGAGCACUAUAAAGGUUUUAGAGCGAGAUAAGAAGGUGCUUGAAGAUAGGAACGAGGAAAUUUCGAGAGAGUUAGCACAUUUAGAAGAAAAAAUGGCGCAACUUACGUCAGAUAAAGCCAAUGAAAUCGAAGAUCUCUGCAAGAAAAUUCGCGAGAAAGAGCUUGAAAAAGAAAAAGCUUUAAAGGAAACCACCGAAUUUUUAAGACACGAACACAAAGCUGAAAUAGAAAAUAUAAAAUCUAGAUUUAAAUUAAUGACCAUGGAAAGAAGUCCAUCGUUGUCGAGUUUGGAGAAAGAAAAAUCCGGCGACUUUGCUAGUUUACCUUCGACCAUCUUAGCGCAGAUGCAGAACAAUUUCGAAAUAGAAAAAGAACGAGCAGUGCUAGAAGAGCGGCAACGCUGUGACAAAUUAACCGAAGAAAAAAUAAAAGACUUAGAAAUGUCGUUCGUUAUGCAGAAAGACUUGCUAUCCCAGGACGUAGCCAAGCGCAUAGCGGAAGACAAGGACUUACAAAUCGACACUCUGAGGGAGAGGGAGAAGAAUUUGAAUUUGGAGGUUAUCAAGCUCAAGACUACGAUCCAACAGUUGGCGGAAUGCGAGCAGGAACGUAUCGACUGUCAGAUGAUGGAGGAAUUUGACACGUUGAAGAAAGAGAAGGAUGAACUAGAGGAGGAGUUGCACAAGCUUAAAAGCGAACGCGAAACUCAAAUGAUUACUUCUGUUGCUGUUUGCGAAGAAAAAUUGGAUGCCAGUACUAGUCCUCUUCAGACAUCACUACUACCGUCGCACGAUCUCUCUAAAAGCGAAAUCGCACCGUUCCAUUUGCCACCCAGAUUGAGCAUCGACACCUGCAAAAAAGGGGACAUUGUUCUGGUGAUUUGGGACCCCCUGUACGCCAACUUCCGGAUUCUGCAGAUUUUGCAGGAGGCAAAGUACGCCUAUUUUCUCCAUACCGAUUCUCUGGAGAGGUUGGGAUUGUCCAUUAAUAAGAAGGUUCCUAACAAGUCGUAUUGUACUGGGGAAGUUGUGAAUAAGGACUUUUGCCAUGCUAGAAGGGAAGGCAACCGAUACCACCUCUCCGUAGGCACUAAAUUCUUCCGCGUCAAAGUGAAACCCGUCUCCUCCCUUCACCACAAGGACCAAUCGCAAUCGUUCUACCAUCCGCGACUCGGCUCCGCCUCCAUGUCCGCCAGCCAAUCGUCCAUCUCCAACUUCGACCCCGUGAUGGAAGAGAGCCAGUCCACAACAUCCCCCCUCCUUGAAACCAACCCAGAGGAGGACCCCAUCGUCACCAAGGACGGACCCGAGGAUGGGGAGCGAAUAGCCCUUGAAACUCCUUGCGAACCUGGUCGUAGUGACCCGGAGAGCGGGAGGAUCGACGUCAUCGAAAGACCGGAAGAGAUCAAGCCUCAGAGUGUCGAAAAGAACUUUGCCGAAGACAGCGGGAUAGUGGAGAGUAUCGAGCAGGCUACUGCAGCGACUGAAGAGGUGGGAGAGAAACAGCAGGAAGAUGACCGGUGUGAGGUGUGUAAGGCAGUUGAAGUGCAGAAAGCGAAUAGUAGUGCGAAUUGGCUAGAGGCGAUGUUUAGGAGCAUGUUUUCCAAAAGUUCGCAAUGAAAAUAUAUACAAGUGUUACCAAUUACUUUUCACAUCGGAUGUUAGACGAUAGAUUAUUUAGCGAAUAGACAAUUGAAGAAGUUGUUUUUGUGAUAUUAACUGCCUUUUUUGACAAGUGUAUCAAAACGAGGAAGGUUGUGUUUGAAAUGCUGUUUUAAAUUCUUUUUCCGUAAGUUUCAUAUAAGUAUAUCUCCUAGAAUAGGGCACAUCUAGUAUAUAAACGUUUUAAAAUAAUAUGAUGUAAUAUAGUUUAAUAAUAAUCGACAUUAAAAGAUGUGCUCUAACUCCUAGGUGUUUUUUAAUUUAUUCUAAUUUGAGUGAUAACUUCGUAAGGGCCAAUUUUAAAAUACAAAUAAAUAUAUUUAUAUCUAUAUAAUUUGUUUCCUGUAGAGGUUAUAAUUGCUCGGGCUUGUUUAAAAGGUUUUGUUUCAAGCAAUUCUAUGAUCUAAAAAGUUAAUAAUUUAGUUGACAACACAGUAUUAUUUUGAUUUCAGCUAUAUCAUAAUUAUUGAUUAUUUUGGGGUUAUUGCUUUGAAUAAGAAGACUAAGGAAGUACUACAUACGUGUAGUAAACCGAUCAUUUAUGAAAUUCACUUA